AAGACUGGUGGGGUGCACUUUGUUUCAAGAAAUUACAUAUAGGUCUGCUGGACCGGCGUACUACAAAGAAGACAAUGUAAGAUGGAUGCGAACGAUUUGGAUGACCUAAAAGCAUUAACUACCCCAACUCUUGUCAGCACAUUCUGAGCAUUUGACUAUUAGUUUCACUUUGAGCAUCGUGUCCGUGUUUCUCACUGCAUUCUGAACAUUCAAUUAUUUGACGAGGACACCUCCCUAGGGUGGUGAUCAGAUGUGCAAAGAUAAGGAAGAUGGAUUAGACAUUCUAUCAUGGAACAGGAAACAUGAGCGAAAAGACGGUCCGAUUCACUGUAAAAUCAACGAAAGACAACAAGUAUGACUGCGACCAACUCUGACAAGCGACAGGAAUGCGAUAUAAAUACACAAAACGACUUUUGAGACCGACUUGGUGUAGGUCAUCACCUGCUGAUGUGAAAGAGGGAGCGGAAGAGAGAUCAAAGGUUACAUUACGGGGCUGUAAACAGGUGCCACAAGCAGAAAAAGAACAAGCCACCCGAGACGAGAUAUGAAAUCCUUGACGAACAGAUAACAAUGUACAGGUCAGACUAAAACCAGUAUUCGUGUGUUCUUUUCCAACUGUUUAGCUUCGGUCCGAUUACUGUACCGACACAUGGAGCCCGAAAAAAAAACCCCUACGCUGAUCACGCCAAAAAGUAAUCAAAUCACGAAAACUGAUGAAUAAUUUAUGAAACUCAACUGUUCUCUCUCUCUCACACACACACACAUACACGCAAACAAGAAUGUGCGUUUUACAUUUGUCUCAACUCUUGACAUCUGCCGUGUGGCUUAACGAAUUUCUUAUGAUUUGUUACUUGAAUUUAUAAUUAUUAUCAGUACAUUGUUCAAAGGAGAAAACAGACGCAAUAGAGGAGGGGGAGGGUAUGAUCGUUACCCUCUAUCGGCGCUCCAUUCGAUCACCCCUUCCCGCCACUCCGUCGCUUCACGCACGCGACACUGCGCGUGCAGCCGACGAAUUUUCGUUGUCAGCCGAGGGCCAGAAGCUUGUGCCGCAUCCCCAUCCUCUUCUGCUGCACGACAAACAGGGUGACGACUGGUCCUCGAAGGGUCGCAAUCAGCUCUAAACUUUCUCGUUAGUGCCAGAGUUUGUAAUUCAGCUUAGGUCAAGAUGGUGAGGGUCACAAUGUGUCAGGUGGCGGUAGCCACGCUCUUCCUGUGCGCCGCGGCGACCAUCUUGUACAGCGAGCAUCUCUGGCUGCGGGAACGUUCCAGAGAAGAGAGGAGUGCCCCGGUGACCACCUUCUCCAUACCUCAGACCUGCAACUGUACCAAAGAAGUCAGCACCGCCAUCAAGCAAGCCGCAGCCGCCAGAGCGACGAUAGCCAAAAACAUUGAAGGCACCAACAACUACCCCACCAACAAACGUCAAAUCAUCGUCCUCAGCUAUGGCCGUAGUGGCUCGUCUUUCACAGCAGACAUCGUCAUCCAGGAUCCCCGCACUUUCUUCGUCUUCGAGCCGCUCUACAGGGUCAUCAUCCGCUAUACCGGAAGUGACCAACUGCAUGACGUCAGCAUAGUCGGAAACGACAAGUUUGCUCCCAAACCCAACGAGAAAGGCGAGCUGGUGAACCCCGAGCCCUACGCCAUUGAGGGUAGCCCCACCUACGCCAACUACUCCGUAGAGGCUACCCAAAUCCUGCGCUUCUUCCUCACGUGCCAGUUCGAGUACCUCAAGGCAGACGACCUUCUCAACUUCAUGUUCCUCAACCGCAACAACACCAUCGAAUUCUACAAGUGCUUUCGGGAUUUCCCCAAGAACGAGGCCUACUUCCCUAAAUAUCUGGGCUGUCUGUGGAAAUUCAAGGAGUUGUGCCUCAGUAAAGAAAUCCAGGUCGCCAAGGUUAUCCGCUUCCCGGCGCGCAUCCUGCGGCCGCUGAUGGAGGAGUUCCCCAAGCUGAAGGUCCUGUACCUGGUGCGCGAUCCGCGCGGCACACUCUCCUCCGAGAUGACCAUCCUCAAGACCUACGAGAAGACGGGCAUCAAGGAGGCGGCCGAGACCUUCUGCGGCAUGGUCAACGACGACGCCGAGAACAUCCGCCUGCUGUCCGAGUCCUACCCGGACCGCAUUCGCACCAUCCGCUACGAGACGAUCGCGCGCGACGCCGUGGCCGCGGCCCGCCGCAUGUACGAUUUCCUUGAGCUUAGCUUCACCCCCAAGAUCGAGGGCUACAUCCGCAAGAUCACGUCGGCCAAGAAGGACGGCCACAACUUCUCCACCUCGCGCAAAGACUCGUGGGCGGCGGCCAACAAGUGGCGCACGCUCAGCAGCUACAAGAACGUUCGGGCCGUGGACAGCGCGUGCGAGGACGUGUACGACGCCGUGGGUUUUGUCAAGGUGCCGCGCGAGUCCUACCUGCGCGAUAUCAACACCUCGCUGGCCUCUCGCGAGUCCCUCAUGGAAAACAUCUAGCUUGCCGCCCUUUUGCCAAGUCUGUUGGGUCCCACCCUCCUACCUCCAGAUCCCGGGCUAGACCCUCCUUUCCCCUUAAACUUAAAGCCAUUACCGUACGUGUUUCCAUAUGCUUUGAAUGCGUGCGUGAUGUUGAAAUCAGCGCGGCUGAAAUUUUUUUCAUGGUCUGUAUACACGCCCUGACAUUUCUGUUAAACGUGUGAAGUUUUGAGUCUUUUUUUAAUAUUUCGUUGUCUUUCCACUUAGUUAACUAAACAGACUUAUACCGCAAGCAAAGGACAGUUUUACUUACAUACAGCGCACACUGUAUCCUGCUAGUUACCUAAAUAAAGUAAAAAAAAAAAGUAAGACUACGAUCGGGGAAGGCUUCAAAUUUUCAGUCUCUGAACCGAAAAGUAGAAAACAAAGAAGAGACAAAAAGAAACGUUAUAUAAGAACAAACAUGACUUUAUCAGAGAAAAUUUUUACAAUAAACACCUUACUGAUACAGAU